GAUCGCGCCCAUGCUUAGACCUACGAGUGUAACGACUUUAUAUACGCGUGUGCGUGCGUGGUUUUAUAAUAAUAAUAUUAGUAUAUUAAAAACUAAACUGUAAUAGUUUGUUAAAACAAUUGUUAUUCUUCAAACAUUAAUUUUUAUAAAUAAGGACUUUGCUUCCAUCGACUUUAGUUGGUGACCCAUCAUUUGUCUGCACUUUCCCUAAGAGGUUUAAGGUCAAGUUUGGCAUAGACCGACAGAUUAAAUGAUUCAUUAUUUGUGGUUAAUUUGUUAGACAUCAAAAUGAUCCUGGAAAACUGAGAAUAGAUAUAAGGAAAUUAACUAAAGCCCGUGACAAAAAUGAAAUCACUAACGUUAAUAAUUUUGAAUUCAAUAAUAUGCCAGUGCUAUGGAGUGAUUUAUAAACUGAAUGAUUCCGAUUUCUCCCGAAUGCCGCCUAUGUUUCAUCUCGAUGACUACGACCACUGUGUAACAAAUCCUGAUGGCAUCUACUGCGCAGUUGACAUAGACCUAGUAUCCGACACUGGAAGCGAACUCUUCACUAUGAUGCAGAAUUAUUCCGAAUACAAGAGAAAACAUUUCAACCACAUCUCCCUCCACCACGGAAUCUGCGUAACACAGACUUGCAAAAAAUAUCUAAUAAGUAACACAACGGACAUAAUUUUACGUAACACAGUGGAUGAAAAUAGCAACUCACAAGACCUAAAACUAGUCCUUGAAGCAUGCUUGAACGAGUCCCUAUGGAACAACUAUGAAUUAAAGUGUAGAAUAACAGCGCCUGUAUAUUGUAACGAAAAUGAAGAACAAGUAAAAGAUGGUGGUGACUUGGCUGUGGGUGCUUUUUUAUUGGUUUUGCUAAUAAUGAAUGUUAUUGGGAGCCUCUAUGACGUCAUCGCAGUUAAAGGACAGAAUAGACCAGGUAACGGUCUGCUAUUGUGUUUCUCAGUGCCGCACAAUUUCGCAAGACUAAUCACUCCAUAUGCGAAUCUUGGACCUCGCGAGGAGAGGUUAAAAGUCUUCCAUGGUUUGAGAACGCUAACAAUAACGUGUGUGAUCUUCUGCCACUCUCUCCUACCGUUUGCACUCGCACCAGAAAACGCGCAUUACGUUGAAAUGCUUUACGAUAACAUAAUGCACUUCAUAUUUUUGAAUGGCACGAUUGUUGUACAAACAUUCUUCAUCAUAUCGGGAUGCCUGUUGUCUUACAAGCUCGAGCUGUACGCGGAAAAACGGAAAAUCACAUGGACUCUUCUGCCAGAACUACUUGUUGUAACUUGGGUGAAGCUCACUCCAUCGUACUUAGUAGUGUUGGCAAUCACAGCCACAUGGUUGAGGUAUGCAGGAUCGGGACCAUUUUGGGAGAUAGCAGUAAUGAGGGAAGUGGAUGAUUGCCGAAUAAACGGGUGGAAAAAUGCUUUAUAUAUCAACAACUACUUCGAUCACACGCAGUGUAUGGUACAAACUUGGUAUUUAGGAGCCAAUAUGCAACUCUACAUCUUAGGAUAUUUUACCUGUAUCUUGUUGAAAAGCGGCAAAUACAGGAAAGCUGCACUAAUACUUCUUUUCAUUGUUGGUAUUAUAACACCAGUAGCACAUACUUAUUUUCAAGAUUUGGACGCUGUGCUCAUGGUGACGCCGGAAACAGCAAGAACUUUUAUGGACAAUCCGACAUUCAAUCAUGUGUACAAAAGAGGCCAUACGAAUAUUACAAAUUUUAUAUUAGGAAUAGCUUUAGGAUUCCUAAUUUAUCGAUUGCAGACGAAGGAAGUCGAUAUGCAGAAAUACAAGAAAUAUCGUUACUUAUUCCUGUUGACUUUCCCUGCUAUCUUGGGAUCAAUGUUUAUCGGCAGUGUUUUCUAUGUGGAUGGCGUUCAGAAAUCUAUCUACUCAAAAGCUAUAUACUCUGGCCUGAUUAAACCUACGUUUGGAAUCAUUUUGGCAAUUCUAAUUAUCGGAUGUGUUUUUAAAAUAGAAAAUAUAUACAGAGCCAUAUUGGAAUGGAAUGGUUGGAAGAUUCCUGGAAAAUUGUCCUAUUGCGCUUUUCUGCUGCACGUGGGGUUGGUACGAGUUGCAGCUGGAAGUCUUAAAACUCUUGUCACAUUAAACAACUUACGAAUGAUAGAAGUCGCGAUUGCUUUCAUAGUAAUGUCUUACUUAUUAGCAAUACCUUUCUGGUUAUUAGUAGAUGCACCUCUCACGGAGUUCCUGCUAAAUCUUUUGAGUGGAAAAUUGUGCCAGAGAGCAGAAAAGAGGAAAGUGAUUCCGGGCAAUGAUAUAACUUUAAAGAACAAUUUGAUAAAAACUAAUAUUGAGGAAGGAAAUGCAAGAUUAUGAUAUUAAAUUAAGGAACUGUCUAUAUUAAGCUUAAAUAAAGUAUGCCACGAUUGAGACUAGAUACGUAGUCACAUAAUCUGACAGAAAAGGUUUCACUUCGACUUUAUUUUGUUUAAAAUAGAACAAAACAAAGUAGUUAGAUGCCCUUUUCAGAUUAUUUUAAGUAAAAUUACCUAAAUGACUAUUAAUAAUACUCCCAAUUUUGGUUGAGAGAAUAUUUUCACGGAAACUUUUGUAUGUCUGUUAGCUCAUCUUGUAAUUAUUUAGGAAAUAAAGGAGUGUAAUUAAAACAUACAUGUAUAAUUUACAAAAUAUUUUUUAUUUUUAUCCUUAUAUUUAUAACAAGUCUUAUCUGUACAGUAACAUCCAUCAAUCCAUUAAUAUUCUAUAUGUGUUGUCUGAGCAUGAAGAUUCACUCAUAAGAUAAUAAUAUUUUGUUCAAAACAUAUUUUUACACGUCAAUUUUUUUCUCGUGAUUUUGGUUCUAGACUUAUUAUCUUAUUGACUUUUAAGUUAAGUAUAUUAAUGCAUUAUUGCAUUUUUAUGCAAGAAAUCAGUAGAUUUUGGUGUUUGGUCUUUUAUUUGUAACAACUUUAUUCAACUACCUAUAAUAAAUCCUAAAAUUAUAUAAUUUCAUUGAUUACCUACCUAAAUUAUUGGAAUA